UGUUCCAUUUGGAUUGAUAGGAAUUACUGGUUGUCAAUUCUUGAAUUUUUGUUUUCCUACAAAUCUCUUAUUAAGGCUACUUCCACAGGACAUUACUUUGGAACUAUUAGAGCUCUACAGCUCAGAGACAACUUGAAGCAAACAUCCCAACUCUGUGAACUUCAGUUUGGGUAUAAAUUCCAGGUUUGCUCCCUUACAUUAAAGAGAAAAUGCUGCUAUCAGUGACUUCCAGGCCUGGGAUUUCGACUUUUGGCUAUAACAAGAACAAUAAGAAGCCGUAUGUGUCAUUGUCUCAGCAAAUGGCACCACCUAGUCCAAGCAGCAGUACCCCUAACAGCAGCAAUGGGAGCAAUGGAAAUGACCAGCUGAGCAAAACCAACCUCUAUAUCCGGGGAUUGCAACCAGGCACUACUGACCAGGACCUUGUCAAAUUGUGCCAGUCAUAUGGCAAGAUUGUCUCCACUAAGGCCAUACUGGACAAGAGUACAAACAAAUGCAAAGGCUAUGGCUUUGUGGACUUUGACAGUCCUUCGGCAGCACAGAAAGCUGUCACAGCACUGAAAGCCAGUGGGGUGCAGGCACAGAUGGCAAAGCAACAGGAACAGGACCCCACAAAUUUAUACAUAUCAAACCUUCCACUAUCAAUGGAUGAGCAAGAACUGGAGGGGAUGCUGAAGCCCUUUGGCCAGGUUAUCUCCACUCGAAUCCUUCGAGAUACCACUGGGACCAGCAGAGGGGUUGGCUUUGCAAGGAUGGAGUCCACAGAGAAGUGUGAGGCCAUCAUCACCCACUUUAAUGGAAAAUAUAUUAAGACGCCUGCUGGAGUACCAGCCCCAUCCGAUCCCUUGCUUUGCAAAUUUGCUGAUGGCGGUCCAAAGAAGCGACAGAACCAAGGAAAAUAUGUGCAAAAUGGACGGGCCUGGCCCAGGAAUGGAGAUGUGGGUGGUAUGGCCUUGACCUAUGAUCCCACCACAGCUCUUCAGAAUGGGUUUUACCCAGCUCCUUAUAACAUCGCCCCCAACAGGAUGCUUGCUCAGUCUGCACUCUCCCCAUAUCUUCCAUCUCCUGUGUCUUCAUAUCAGAGAGUAACUCAGACAUCUCCUGCGCAAGUACCCCCCCCAUCUUGGAUGCACCACCAGUCAUACCUCGUGCAGCCUUCAGGUUCAGUUCUGACACCGGGGAUGGAUCACCCCAUUUCUCUCCAGCCUGCCUCCAUGAUGGGACCUCUUGCCCAGCAGCUGGGCCACCUCUCCCUCAGCGGCACAGGCACGUACAUGCCGGCGGCUGCUGCUUUGCAAGGAGCGUACAUCUCCCAGUACACGCCUGUGCCGCCGGCCGGUGUCUCAGCCGAGGAGAGCAGCGGCCAGCAGAAUCAGGCGACAGUGGAUGCUCCCUCAGACCACGGGGUCUACUCUUUCCAGUUCAACAAGUAACGCGGGGUCUGGAACCGAACCGCAGUCUCUGAGGGACGCCUGCACAAACGAAUUCUUGGCGAUACUGAUGCUCCCAGACUCUAGAGGGCCGACUGGGAUUACAGACUAUCCGUGAGCCCUGCUGAGGACUAAUGCACGGUCAUCGUUUCUCACAGGGGGGACCCGGAAAAAGAAAUCCCCGCACUCCUGCCCUCUGCUUCUUCCUCCAUUCCUGAGGGAGCCUGGGGGACCCGUUGCUUUCUGUGUGCUGCAUUCAAGGAGAUCAAAAGAACUGAUUUUCUUUUCUUUUGCAAAGAAAGUUUUAUAUUUUGUUUUCAAUUACAAUAUACUCUUUCUAUAUCCCAGAGA